CUUGCUCGUCUGAAAAGUUGGGCUAAUAACUGUCCUCACCUGGUAGGGCUAUUGUGACGAAUCGAUGACGCUGCGUAGAUGAAACGCUUAGCGCGGAGCUCACUGCUUACCUGAGUGUCCCACGCAGGGGCGGUGGUCAUCCUUGUCGCCUUCUGGCGUUCUCCUGGGCGCAGGCCGCUGGCGGGGCUGUGCGCCGCGGGGUCCGGUGGUCCCCAAACCAAGACAACGAUGCUUGGAUGCGUCAGCGCCAGGCUGGGCCACAGAAAUACCUAAGGCGUGGGCGGGCGACGGGUGACAAGGGCGGGGACCGCCCCAAGCUUCCUGCACCUGCCCUGCUGCCCGACAAUUUGCCUGGGUCGGUGCCAGGACCGGGCAGUCGCCGGCCUUGCUGCUAGUCUCCGCGAGGUGCGGCCGUCCGAGAGCUGCGGGAUUCGGGAUGACUUCGGGCGGCUUGAGAUUUCUGCGGCUCCUCAAGAUAUCGGUCAUAAUCUUGGGACUUAGUGUUGCUGGAUUUAUGCUCAGAGGCGUGUCCCUUCAAGCCGUGUUUAGCAGCCUCAAGCCAGAGCUCGCAAGUCCUGCUCAGGGUGUCCAGAAGCUGAAGCUUCUGCCAGAGGAACAUCUCAGGAACCUCUUUACCUACGAUGGAAUCUGGCUGUUCCCGAAAAAUCAGUGCAUAUGUGAAGCCAAUAAAGAACAGGGGAGUUACAACUUUCAGGAUGCCUAUGGACAGAGCGACCUCCCAGCGGUGAACGCGAGGAGACAGGCUGAAUUUGAACACUUUCAGAGGAGAGAAGGGCUGCCCCGCCCACUGCCCCUGCUGGCCCAGCCCAACCUCCCCUUUGGGUACCCAGUCCACGGAGUGGAGGUAAUGCCCCUGCACACAGUUCCCAUCCCGGGUCUCCAGUUUGAAGGACCCGAUGCUCCCGUCUAUGAGGUCACCCUGACAGCGUCUCUGGGGACACUGAACACCCUUGCUGAUGUCCCAGACAAUGUGGUGCAGGGCAGAGGCCAGAAGCAGCUGACCAUUUCUACCAGUGACCGGAAGCUGUUGAAGUUCAUCCUUCAGCACGUGACAUACACCAGCAUGGGGUACCAGCACCAUAAGGUGGACAUAGUGAGUCUGGAGUCCAGAUCUUCAGUGGCCAAGUUUCCAGUGACCAUCCGCAAUCCUGUCAUACCCAAGCUGUACGACCCUGGACCAGAGAGGAAGCUCAGAAACCUGGUAACCAUUGCCACCAAGACUUUCCUCCGCCCCCAUAAGCUUAUGACCAUGCUCCGGAGUAUUCGAGAGUAUUACCCAGACUUGACCGUCAUAGUGGCUGACGACAGUGGGAAGCCCCUGGAGAUUAAAGACAAUCACGUGGAAUAUUACACCAUGCCGUUUGGGAAGGGGUGGUUUGCUGGUAGGAACCUGGCCAUAUCUCAGGUCACCACCAAAUAUGUUCUCUGGGUGGACGAUGAUUUUCUCUUCAACAGUGAGACCAAGAUUGAGAUGUUGGUGGAUGUCCUGGAGAAAACGGAACUGGAUGUGGUAGGCGGCAGUGUGCUGGGAAAUGUGUUCCAGUUUAAGCUGUUGCUGGAACAGAGUGAGAACGGGGCCUGCCUUCACAAGAGGACAGGAUUUUUCCAACCCCUGGAUGGCUUCCCCAGCUGUGUGGUGACCAGUGGCGUGGUCAACUUCUUCCUGGCCCACACAGAGCGACUCCAGAGAGUUGGCUUUGAUCCCCGCCUGCGACGAGUGGCUCACUCAGAAUUCUUCAUUGAUGGGCUAGGGACUCUACUCGUGGGGUCAUGCCCAGAAGUGACUAUAGGUCACCAGUCUCGGUCUCCAGUGGUGGACCCAGAGCUGGCUGCCCUGAAGAAGACCUACGACACAUACCGGGCCAACACCCUCGCCCAGGUCCAGUUCAAGCUGGCUCUCCAUUACUUCAAGAACCAUCUCCAGUGUGCCACAUAAAGGUGUGGGGCCGUAGAAGAAGCACUAGGCUGGCUGGUUAUGGUAUCUAUAGCAGUGGAACCAGUGGUUGGGGCCACCAAAAACUGGACUCCUGAUAGAUGAACAUUGUAGCGACCCAGCUGGUGGGUAGGGCAAAGGGAUGUUGCUCAGUUACUGGAAGUACCAAUCGAAGGUGAAGGGUCGUUAGAAAUGAACCAGUCACUGACUAGGGCAGUGGAGACUGUAUUAUUAGCAAUGAUGGUUUGUACAGUGCCCUGCCUUUUAUGAAGCAUUUGCAUGUAUGGUAUCUCACAUCAUCUCAUCUGAUCUCACAUUAAAAGACAUUGGUUGGUGUCCUCGUUCAAAAGAA